CCUCCAGACUCCCCGGGUUCCUCACCAUGGCUAAGAGCGCCGAAGUGAAGCUGGCCAUCUUCGGCAGGGCAGGAGUCGGAAAGUCAGCUCUCGUCGUUCGCUUCCUAACCAAGCGGUUCAUCUGGGAGUACGAUCCGACGCUUGAGUCUACUUAUCGCCAUCAAGCCACCAUAGACGACGAAGUUGUUUCCAUGGAAAUACUAGACACAGCUGGCCAAGAAGACAUUAUUCAGAGAGAAGGACACGUGCGAUGGGGCGAAGGCUUUGUGCUGGUUUAUGACAUCACCGACCGGGGGAGCUUUGAAGAAGUCCUCCCCCUUAAGAACUUGCUGGAUGAAGUCAAAAAACCCAAGAACGUCACUCUGAUCCUAGUCGGGAACAAAGCGGACCUGGACCACUCCAGGCAGGUCAGCACCGAAGAAGGGGAAAAGCUGGCCACCGAACUCGCUUGCGCCUUUUACGAAUGCUCCGCUUGCACGGGGGAAGGCAACAUCAUGGAGGCCUUUUAUGAGCUCUGCCGGGAGGUGCGGCGCCGGAAGAUGGUUCAGGGCAAGACCCGGAGACGGAGCUCCACCACUCAUGUCAAGCAAGCGAUUAACAAGAUGCUCACCAAAAUCAGCAGUUAAAUAUGUUUCCCUCCCCCAAAUAUUAUUGUAAAGCAGGUUAAUCUUGGGCG